UGCAUACCUUCAAUCAGGCGGAGCGGUUCUCCUGUAGAGGCUCAGCCUGCGGGAGGAAUCAGGACAUUUCCUCACAGGCGAGUCGUGUUACCGUCAGAGAGCAGAAUCACUCAUCGCUGCAGCAUCUACUUUCUACAGCAGCUCUGAGCGGAGAAUGGAGUGUCGGUGUGAAAAGGAGGAUGCUGGGGAUGCUGUUGCAGACUUGUGGCUGAACGGCAGAAACCUCGGGAUGGGAGUCUUCGUCUUCGUGGGAUCUGUCGCUCUUUCAGCUCUGAUCCAAUGGGCCGCUCGGUUCUUCUGCUCCACCGCCGGACUCUACUGGCUUUGGGGCAGGAUGAGCAUGAAAAACAUCCGUCGAAUCCAGAGUCUGCUUCAAUGGCUGUGCAGAAUGACAAGUUUUCUCAGUGCUCUGACUUGCGGGCUGUGGUGGAUAUUUACAUUCAUCAGAGGCUUCCGCAAAGGAUCCUCAGAGUCUCCGAAGGCUCCAGACAGUGACCUUACCAGCAGCACAACCAAGAAACCCAAACUGAGGCUGGUCCUGCUGGGCCCGUCUGGGGGAGGACGCACCUCGUUAGUGGAAACCUUGUUAGGCAGCAGAAACGGGGAGACGGAGGCCCCCGGGGCGCCUCUGCUGCAGAGCACCAAGUUCACCGUGGAUGGAGAGGAGCUCAUCGUGGUGGACACCCCUGAUCUUCUGGGGACGUCUAUGGAGGACGGCGUCAGAGCCACAGAAGCUCUGAGGGCGCUCCAGCUCACCCGUCCUGGACCUCACGCCUUCCUGCUGGUGCUGCCGGCUCCAGGCUCCAGCACUGACGACGACCAGGACGCCGCUCAGGCCGCCAAAGCGGCCCUGCAGCUGUUUGGAGAGGAGGCGUCAGAACACAUCCUCCCCGUGGUCACCCACGCCGACCGGCUGGGGCGGAACCCCACGGUGGACCGGCUGAUGGAGGUGGAGGGUUGGAAGAGCGCUCUGGAUCUGUGCGGCCAGAGCCCGGAGCUGGUGGACAACAGGCCGGGCUUGGAGCUGGAGGCGCAGAGGGAGCUGCGCAGGAAGCUGCUGGAGCGCGGGAUGGACAUGAAGGAACUGAGGGGGCAUUUCGUCCACGAGCUGCAGAGGAGGGAGGACCUCCUCCGGGAGGAGCUGCUGGCUGACAUGUCCUCUGCUCUGGCUGGAAAACUGGGACAAGUAUAAAUAACAUCAGCAGAGAGUUCGACCCGAAGACGGGUGACGACUUACUGCAGGAUUACUAUCAUUUCUUCAUCUUGUUUUAUAAAAUUCUCAGGAAAAUACAUGAAUAAUUCUGAGGGACAGCGCUCUGCUGCCCUCAGAAAGACUUCAUCAUUCAUAGGAGGUAUAAAACUUUAAACUUAAAUGAGAUCUUCUGGGUUCUGUGAGUUUGAAUUUCCUUUUUUAUAAUUUUUUUUAAAUAUAAUCCAUUUACUUUAAGUUGUUUCUCCUUCACUGCUUCACCAGCUUCUAUACUAUUUGUGGAUUUUGUACCAAUGUCUUCUGUACGGCUUUGUUUUUUUUGACAAAAUUGGGUUCCUUUUUUUUUAUAACAGUUAACCCCUUAAAGUCUCACUCAUCUUUUGUUUUCAGGAUUUUAGCUAAAAUCUGUGUUGUUUUCUAGGACAUA